AGAGUUGGAAGCAACUCCAGAGCCUCCUUCAAGAUGCUGCUGGUCCUGCUCUCAGUGGUCCUGCUGGCUCUGAGCUCAGCUCAGAGCACAGAUAAUGAUGUGAUCCAUGAAGACUUGCCUUCCACCACACCAGAUGUAGAGGACUCAAGUCAGAGCCCAGAUCAGGGACCCCAGACACCUCCUCCUGAAGGACUCCUACCUAGACCCCCUGGUGACGGCGGAAACCAAGAUCAUGGCCCUCAGCAGAGACCACCCCGACCAGGAGGCCAUUGGUUCCAUCACCACCAUCCUCCCCCACCUCCUUUUCAAAAUCAUCGAGGACGCCGUCACCACUUUCUACCCCUACCUCCUCUUGAAGUGCCACAGGAAGUACCAUCAUUAUUCCCAAGGGACAGAACAAGAAGCCGUCCCCAGGACCAGCCAUUCUGGUAAUCUAGAAUUCAAUGACAGAACAUACAUAAGAAGACAGCUUCCUUCAGAAAGCCAUGACAUUGAAAUAAUGCAGUCAUAACUCUUUUCUUCAGUAUACCAAUAAAAUGUUAAUAGCAUGCAA